AAAAUGAAUUAUGUUAUGACCGGAAUGCAGCUCACAUGUCUGCUGCUUGUUUAGUCUGAUUAGUCUGGAAUUCCGCACAGUUUGAACAGACGAGUUUUGCCACAAUAGAAGAAGAAAAUGUUUUCCUUCCUGCGCUCAGCCAGAGACCCCCCUCCUGAGAACAUCCACAUCUCGUCUCUGCCUCCCAGUGUUCCCACGGAUCAGGACGCGCCACAAACUGGAGGACAAGGUGAUGUGCUGGAGGAGAAGGCGAUAAUCCAGACCACACACACACAUCGCGUCUCCGCCCCCUCAGUCUUCCUCCAGAAGCAGGAUAAUGACCCUGUUAACAGUACUUACUUUGACCAGAAGAUCCCUGUUCCUGAGGGGGACAGUGAGAGGUGGAUCAGUUUCCGUAAGCUGUGGGCCUUCACUGGGCCGGGAUUUCUGAUGAGCAUAGCCUACCUGGACCCAGGGAACAUCGAGUCUGACCUGCAGUCUGGUGCUAAAGCUGGAUUCAAGCUGCUCUGGGUGCUGCUGGGAGCCACCAUCAUCGGCCUGCUGCUGCAGCGGCUGGCGGCCCGGCUGGGCGUGGUCACCGGGAUGCACCUGGCCGAAGUCUGCCACCGCCAGUACCACACUGUGCCUCGUGUCAUCCUGUGGCUGAUGGUGGAGUUGGCCAUCAUUGGCUCGGACAUGCAGGAGGUCAUCGGCUGUGCCAUCGCCUUCAACCUCCUCUCCGCCGGCAGGAUCCCGUUGUGGGGUGGCGUCCUCAUCACCAUCAUCGACACGUUUUUCUUCCUCUUCUUAGACAAGUAUGGCCUCAGGAAGCUGGAAGCCUUGUUUGGUUUGCUCAUUACCGUCAUGGCCCUCACCUUUGGAUACGAGUACGUGACGGUGCGUCCAGACCAGGGCGAGCUGCUGAAGGGGAUGUUCGUGCCGUACUGCGAGGGCUGCGGGCCCGUUCAGCUGACGCAGGCCGUCGGCAUCGUGGGAGCCGUCAUCAUGCCUCACAACGUUUACCUCCACUCUGCUCUCGUCAAGUCUCGAGAAGUGGAUCCGGCGAACAGGAAAGAAGUAAGAGAGGCGAACAAAUAUUUCUUCAUCGAGGCGUGCAUGGCGCUGUUUGUCUCCUUCCUCAUCAACGUGUUUGUGGUGGCCGUUUUCGCCGAGGCUUUCUACGGACGCACUAACGAGGAGGUGCACACUGUCUGCAAUCAAACAGGAAGUCCUCAUUCACAUCUGUUCCCCCUGGACAAUGAAACUCUCGAGGUGGACAUCUACAAAGGGGGGGUGGUGCUGGGCUGCUUCUUCGGCCCGGCGGCUCUCUACAUCUGGGCCGUGGGGAUCCUCGCCGCCGGUCAGAGCUCCACCAUGACGGGAACGUACUCGGGUCAGUUUGUCAUGGAGGGGUUCUUGAACCUGCGCUGGUCGCGUUUCGCUCGGGUGUUGCUGACCCGCUCCCUCGCCAUCACUCCCACCCUGCUGGUCGCCAUCUUCCAGGACAUACAACACCUGACGGGCAUGAACGACUUCCUCAACGUGCUGCAGAGCAUGCAGUUGCCAUUUGCCCUCAUUCCCAUCCUCACUUUCACCAGUCUGCCAUCUCUCAUGAAUGAGUUCGCCAACGGAUUGGUGUUUAAGAUCGGAGGAGGGCUGGUGAUCGUGCUGGUGUGCAGCAUCAACAUGUACUUCGUCGUGGUCUACGUGGCUGCGCUGCACAGCGUCUGGCUCUACGUGCUGGCAGCCUUCUUCUCCACAGCGUACCUGACCUUUGUGGGGUAUUUGGUGUGGCUGUGCCUCAUAGCUCUGGGAGUUUCCUGCCUCGAUCCGAGCGGCCGGAGGGCGAACGACACGACCAUCCUGAUCGAGCAGCAGCCAGAGUUUGACUCCUGAGUCGAAUGUGUGUUCGAGUGGACGUUGAUUUCAGGGGAGCAGCUGUGAGCAAACCAACAGACCUUUUAUUUAAGUCACACUCCAAUGAAGAAGUUUUGUUUUUAAUACUGACAGGUUUACAGGUGUGAAUGAGGUGUGAGGUGUACAAGUUCAUUUUUGCAUGUGUUUCUUCGGUGCAUUCCAGCAGUAUGUGAGAAUAUUUCCUCGUGACAGAAUUAAUUCAUUUAAUGAAUCCUGGAUAACCGAUUAAAACUGUACUUUAAAACAUUUUUUUCUACAUUUCUUGCUAAAAUGAGGCCAAUACCUUCCCGCCUGCUGAAGCUGAGAGUGCUCGCUGCAGUGUAAAAGUAAGACAUUUUCAUCCCCUCGGAGGCCUCUUCUGAGGGAACAGAAUUUGAUGUUUUUGCAGAUAACUCAGUGCAGCUCCUCAUUUGGCCACAGGGAGGCAGUGCAGGCCACAAAGGAGCCUCCUCUCUCUCUCUCACACACACACACACACACACACACACACUGAACGUCUCGUCACCAGAGCUGCUCAACAAAACACAACACGCAGAAUGACACGGCGUGUACCACCAUGUUUCAUGUGUUGUUGGGGCGACACAGAGGCAGAAUCGCUGCAGCAGUGGACGUUUGAGUGUGUACAUUCACAAGUGGCGGGUGUUUGACAUGCCUGUGGUGAUGGUGUGUCUGAAGGCCUGCAACUGUUGUGUAACUGCGAGCAGGCGCUGCUGGUUUCAGUGCUGCACGAAUUCCAGUCCUGACGGGCUUCAGUCUUUGCAAACCCGAAAAAGGCGGAAGGACAGGUUUUUCUUUGCAUUGUGGCGGAGAGCCUUUUUCCCCUGUCAUGGAGGGAGAGUUAUGUAAGAGGGGAGAGUCUUCCCACCGCCCCUCUCUGUUUUUGUUUUUCUCAAUGAGCCAAUGUCUCCCUGCCUAGGCCUCACAGCCUGUCCAGUAGGCCCCUUUCCUGGAAACAUAGCCUAGCAGAGGCCACUCAGGGGCAGGCUUGCGAGGUGGGAGGGGAGGGCGAGGGGUGGGGGACGACUCUUCCAGCAAAUCACAUGAUUGUAGACCCUACGGUCCCAGCCCUACAUGAGGCUCAGAUGCUGCAAGCACAUUUCAACAGCCAGUUUGUCAUCAACAUGAUUGGAUGUAGCGAGUGCAUGGCAGAGUGCACGAGGCUGUAAGAAGAGCUGUGGACUCCCAGGUGUGAAAUGUAGAAAUAGAAGCACAACGGCUGAUGGAUGGACUGAAUGUGUGUGUGUGUGGAGGUGAUUUUUACUGUGCAGUAGAACUUAACGAAGAGCAUAAUAUGGGACAUUUCUGACUCUCCAUUGUCCGACCUCGGCCUCACUGAUGCGAUCCGAGCUGCUGUAACAGUGUUGUGUGUUGGCUGUGACGUUCAGGGGGCGACAGAUUGACACAGUAAAUCCUGAUUUGUUUUUGUUAAAGACGUCCCCGAGACGUUUGUCAUGGCAUGUUGUUUUAUUGCUGUGGCUUACCAGAGCUGCCUGAUUUCAUUUCAUGUAUUCAUAUAAAGUAAUUUAAAGUGUCACUGAGCUGUAAACGGUUACACUUAACAAACACAAUAAAACCCAACGUGAGGUGACGUGAA